UUUAGGGUUCUUCCGGGACUGGAAAAAAUGGCGCUCACCGCUUCUUGCGCCUGCGGCAUCGAUCUCUUCUCAACAGCAGCGUCGGAUCGAUCGCUGGAGCUCCCGCCGUUGCGGCGCAUCCGAUUUCCCAGGUCAGGAGAGAGAUUUCUGGCGAAAAGUUUGGUCGCGUCGCCGGGGCCGCGCAUUGCGAUCGCAAGGACGCGGCAUCGUGAGCGGCGCCUUGGAUGCGUUGCAGAAUUGUCAGAAAAUGGCGAGUCUCCUUCCACCUCUGAUGAGAAUUCUCAGACUGCGCAGCUUGAUCUCCACUUGCCGCGAAGAAGGCUCCAAGCCGAGUUUACUUGCAAUGCUUGCCAGACAAGAACUACACGGCUGAUAAAUCCUCACGCUUACGAGCGAGGAACAGUCUACGUCCAGUGCUCGGGAUGUGAAGUUUACCAUCAGCUUGUGGAUAAUCUCGGCCUCGUCGUGGAGUUUAGAUACACAGAAGAAGGAAUUGAUCCUUAGUGUUGUUUAAGCCCAGGGUAAAGUUGUCUACUUGGAAUGUAUAUGUGAUCUUCCAGGUACUUCAAGCCAAAACAAGAAGAGCCUUAACAAUAUAAGCCGAAUUUGGACUAUACAAUUCUUGAUA